UUGUCGGAUAUUAGUAAACAAUUGAGGACCUCGCUCAAGGAUAGAUUACAAAGGCGUGCGUUCAAAAACAGUAUGAGAGAACGUGAAAAACUGCCAAUUUACAAGCAUGAAAGGAAAAUUCUUAAAUGCAUCAAAGACAAUGCAGUUACCAUACUAAAAGGAAGUACAGGCAGUGGAAAGUCUACACAAGUUUGCCAGUACAUUUUGGACUAUGCAAUCGAGAGUGACAAGGGAGCUUAUUGCAAUAUCAUUGUGAUCGAACCGAAGCGUAUCUGCGCUUCGACGCUGGCCGAAAGAGUGGCAUCCGAACGCUACGAGUUUCUGGGACAGAGUGUUGGCUACGCUGUGCGCUUCGACUCCAUUCUUCCUCGUCCGUACGGCUCCAUUCUGUUCUGCACUCCAGGUUACUUCUUGAGAAGAGUAGAAAAUGGACUGGUCGGCGUGUCGCACAUCAUAGUGGAUGAAAUCCAUGAGAGAGGUUUGGAAACUGAUUACAUUUUGAUGAUGUUGCGGAUGAUGCUGAAGAGUUGCAGCUCACUGAAAGUGAUUUUGAUGUCUGCUGACGUCAAUAUUGACUUAUUUUCAAGUUAUUUCGAUGGAUGUGCUCAUAUUACUGUGCAUGGAAACUGUUAUCCAGUGAAAGAAUACUUCCUGGAAGAUUGCAUUGAACUGAUCAAAUUCAAAUUCAAUGAUCCCUAUGGCGAAAUCUAUGCAGAAGAGGAUAGCGAUGCAUGCUCGUCAUUCGGACAGAGCCAUGAAGAUGUGAGCGAAUGCGGAGUGCUGGACAGCUCAGCCUACUCUACACAAACAUUGCAAACGUUGGCCUGCUAUGACGAGCAAGCCAUCAGUAGUGAGCUGAUUGAGGCUAUCAUUGUGUGGACCAGAGAGCAAAACAUCAACGGUUCAAUACUGGUUUUCUUACCAGGAUGGGGUGACAUAAGCAAAGCUUCAGGACAUCUGAGUAGAUCGAUCAAUAGUGCCAAUUAUUGUGUUCUGCCUCUACACUCUAAAAUCAAGGGUCCUGAGCAAAAGCAAGUUUUCCUGCCAGCUCCUCCUGGAAAGACAAAAGUUAUUCUUUCGACAAGCCUUGCUGAAUCGUCUGUAACAAUUGAUGAUGUGAUUUGCGUGAUUGAUAGCUGUAAAUCGCGCAUUUCAAUUUCGCAGGACAAUUUGUCCUUCAAAUUUGUGUCUGAGUGGGCAUCGAAAGUGAAUCUCAACCAGCGAUCAGGCAGAGCUGGGCGAUUGAGGCCUGGAUUUUGCUUCAGACUUUGCACUAAGGCAAGAUAUGAAGAGCUGCCAUUGGAUAUUGAGCCUCAAAUGUCUCGUGCGCCUUUGUACAGCCUUGUACUGUCUCUUAAACUUAUGAAGAUGGGAAACAUCAGAGAUGUCUUGAAUAGCACCUUAGAACCCCCACCUCUCCGUUCCAUUGAAGAAGCGGAACGCUUGUUGAGUGAACUCCAGUGUUUGGAUAGCCGGAUGGAAUUAACUCCAUUGGGUGAAAUGUUGGGCCGACUACCUCUUGAUCCUAGAGUCGGUAGAAUGCUGUUGAUGAGCACCCUGUUCGAAUGCCCGUCUCAAAUAUUGAAGAUUGCUGCAUAUGCUUCAGUUCAGGAGGAAUUAUUCGAUAAACCUAGUGAAGAUAUGAAAAUGAUUGGAAAGCAGCGAUACAGCGACCAUAUUGCAGUGCUGCAAGUCUUAUCGUCUAGAGAGAAUUUGAGUAACAUUCAGGAGUAUUACCAAACCAACUCUCUCAACUUGCUUGAUGAUAUUUUAAGGAUUGAGGAUCAACUCUUCACAAGGAUGUGCGGGUUUGGCUUUGAUGUACCAUCGAUUCAUGACUCCAUGGAUGAUAAACUUGACAUUGUAACUGGUCUUUUGUGCCAAGCAUUUUAUCCGAAUGUUUGUGCAGUUAAACCAAAGCUUAAAAAACGAGUUUUCCAGCCAAAUGGCAAGUUUGGACUGAUCUCCGGCCGGUCCUUGAUUGGCUACUCUGAUAUUGAUUUCAAUCCUCCGUUCCCGAUUUUCAUUUUUGGGGAGCAGACUGAAACUUCGAUAAAUGUGUGCAAAAACUUGACAAUGGUCAGUCCGAUUCAUCUAUUGUGCUUCACAAACUGCAAAGUUGUUUAUGAGAACGGAGUGGUGAAGAUUGAUGACUGGUUACCGUUGAAGAUGGACCGUGAUGCGGCCGCUGCCCUCAUGUGCGUGAGGCAGAUGAUCGAGAAGGCGCUGCAUGAUGUCGUCUCCCAUCCGUCCGCUGCCCGCAAAGCUGCCCACCAAAGGUUAGCAACUGUUGUCAAACAACUUUGCGAAACCGAUUUCGAUUUGUGAAGAAUUUGAAAAAACAACCAAAACCAGCCAAAUCAACUGGUUUCAGGCUCGAAAAGUCGCCAAACAAUAUUGUUCAAUCUGAGUAUUAUUAUUAAUCUGUUUGAAUAUUUGUUCGAUUAAUGCAGAAGAGUCUAUUAGAAGUAUCUAAUAAUUACUAACUAAUUUUCUCUCCAUUCAGGAGAACACUCCAAUCAUUAAAACACUCAAGUGCGCCUUUAAAUGAAGUCAGUACCUUUUUAAUUGUUACGGGAACUUACCAAAAAAUAUAACUUUCUCAUAAUGUGUUCAUCAUGAUAGAUUAGUUUUUGAAUAUGAUAAUUUUUAGGCUCAGAGUACAAUUAUAGUGAAAAAUAGGAACUUACACUUAUUUUAGAAGACUGUUUUUCAAGUUCAGAUAGGAUUUAUUUUUACAUGUCUUUUGUUUUUCGAGUAUUAAUCGCUUAUCAAUCUAAUCUUAAUCAAUCAGUCCCAGUUAGAUCAUUUAUUCAAUUAAUGCAUCUGUUGAUAAGGUCAUUCUGUAUCUGUUAAUAAAGUCUGUCUAUCCUUUACUGCCAGUUGUAAAGGAAAAUAUAUGAUUUAUUUUUACCUGUCUAUUGGUUUUCGAGCAUUAAUAGCUUAUGAAUCUAAUCUUAAUAAAUCAAUCAAUGAAUCUCAUUUAGAUCAUUCAUUCGAUUAAUGCAUCUGUUAAUAAUGUUAUUCUCUAUCUGUUAAUGAAGUCUUUCUAUCCUUUACUGCCAGUUGUAAAGGAAAAUUGUUGUCUUUUUAUAAUAUUUUUCUACUUUUCCAUUGAGAAAUAAAAUUGUUCAAAUAUACUGAAA